UCGAGACUCCCUUGUACAGCCUCUCAACGCCUUGUCAAUCCCUGCCUUCCCCUUCCUCCAUAUAACCACCCUGUCCAUAUCCCCACCUCCUAUAAGCAGCCUUGGGCCUGACCAAGGGUGGUUUUCAAUGGGUACCCGUGUCAACAUGACGGCCUCGGGCUGCUUCCUCCUGCUCUCCCUCCUCCUCGCCUCCCUCUCGACCCUCUCCCACGCCCUCUCCGACGCCGAGGCGUCCUAUAUCGCGCGUCGUCAGCUCCUGUCGCUCAAGGAGAACGAUGAUCUCCCUGAGGACUUUGAAUACGAGGUUGAUAUCAAGGUGACUUUUGCGAAUCAGAGGCUCCGGAGGGCCUACAUUGCCCUCCAGGCUUGGAAGAAGGCCAUGUACUCGGACCCUUUCAACACGACCGGUAACUGGGUCGGCCCUCACGUGUGCGCCUACAACGGAGUGUUUUGCGCCCCGGCGCUCGAUGACCCUAACCUGAGCGUCGUCGCCGGCGUGGAUCUGAACCAUGCCGACAUUGCCGGGUACCUCCCCGCGGAGUUGGGCUUGUUGACAGACACUGCACUCUUCCACCUUAACUCGAACCGCUUCUGCGGGAUCAUCCCGAAGAGCCUCUCCAAGCUCCAAUUGAUGCACGAGUUCGACGUGAGCAGCAACCGCUUCGUCGGUCCGUUCCCGGAGGUGGUUCUCUCGUGGCCCGGUGUCAAGUAUCUCGAUCUCAGGUUCAACGAUUUCGAGGGGAAGUUGCCACCGCAGCUUUUCUUGAAGGACUUGGAUGCGGUGUUCUUGAACAACAACAGAUUCACAGCGGGCAUCCCGGACACGAUUGGCCAAUCCACGGCAUCAGCCUUGACAUUUGCCCACAACAAGUUCACCGGUUGCAUCCCUCGUACCAUCGGCAACAUGAGCAACUUGAACGAGAUCGUCUUCUUGAAGAACGAUUUAGGUGGUUGCUUCCCCGAAGAGAUCGGGUUGCUCGACAAUUUGACGCUCUUCGACGCCAGCCACAAUUCAUUCGUGGGUGACUUGCCCAAGAGCUUUUCGAGCUUGGACGGCGUUCAGGUGUUGGACGUUUCCCACAAUAAGCUGACAGGCUUGGUGUCCGAGAAGAUUUGCAAGUUGCCAACUCUCCUGAACUUCACAUUCUCGUACAACUACUUCACCAAGGAGGAUGAGGCCUGUGUUCCUUCUUCUCACGAGGAGACGGCCUUGGACGACGGCGGCAAUUGUUUGCCCAACAGGCCGAGACAGAAGUUGACGAAGACGUGCUUCCCGGUGGUGAGCAAGCCCGUCGAUUGCAGCAAGAACAAGUGCAGAGGCGGAGGCGGCGGCGGCAGCGGUGGUGGCGGCGACGGCAGCGGAGCCCCGUCCCCGACAUCGCAGUCCCCGAUCAUUAGAACACGUCCCUCGGCCCCCCCGAAGCCUCGUGUCCCCUCUCCACCCAAAACCAAGGCUCCAUCACCUCCUAAACAAGCACCAACAACACCUGAGCCCCAGGUUCCUGCACCUUCAACGCCGAAAUCACAAGCCCCCACACCUUCAUCAUCACCGAAUCCGAAGUCACCUUCGACCUCUUUUGCUUCUCCACCCCAGGCUUCCAUUCCUAGCGAACCCGAUGAACCUCCGGCUUCCGCUCCAUCGCCUACAGAUAAAGGAGGAUUCCCUCGCGCUAGGCCACCGAAAGCGGCUCCGCAACCAGCGCCAUCAGCAAAACCAUCACCUGAGCCAUCUCCUGAAUCGGAGCAAUCACCCAAGCCAUCUCCUGAACCAGGUCAUGGAUCUUCUCCCAGGUCUGGAGGCCGUGUACAUUCUCCACCUCCACCUCCACCUCCACCAGCCCAGUCACCUCCCCCUCCGCCAGUCCAAUCUCCACCCCCACCACCACCGGUCUACUCUCCACCACCACCCCCACCAGUGUACUCUCCACCACCUCCACCAGUCCACUCUCCACCACCUCCAUCACCGUCUCCAUCGCCACCUCCUCCACCGGUGCACUCCCCACCACCACCCGUCCACUCUCCUCCUCCGCCACCAGUUGCCUCCCCCCCACCACCGCCCGUCCACUCUCCUCCGCCCCCUGUCUACUCACCACCGCCACCAGUUCACUCCCCACCACCCCCCGUCCACUCCCCUCCACCCCCAGUCCAUUCCCCACCACCGCCUGUACAUUCUCCUCCCCCACCGGUUCGUUCCCCACCACCACCACCACCCCCCGUCCGCUCUCCUCCCCCACCCGUCCGCUCUCCUCCCCCACCAGUCCACUCCCCACCGCCACCAGUCCACUCUCCUCCACCACCAGUCCAUUCCCCGCCGCCACCUGUGUUCUCUCCCCCGCCACCGGUGCACUCCCCGCCUCCUCCGGUCAGCUCGCCACCGCCUCCGGUCUUCUCUCCACCUCCUCCGGCAGCCCAAUCUCCCCCACCACCGAGCCACGACGACAUCAUCCUGCCACCAAUAUUUGGAUCUCAAUACUCCUCCCCACCUCCUCCAAUGUUCCCAGGAUACUAAAUAUUCUCCCUUUGAUGUAUUUUUGGCUAUCUUCUCCGUCGUGACGUUAAGUCGCAGAGAAAAAUCUACACGUUCAUUUCAUAGUGGAGAUUGACAAUAACUAUGGGUCGCAUUUUCUUUUGCCUAGCGCCUCCAAUAAGUAAGCAAUUGCGAUAUGUCAUUAGUGAUAGAUUUCAGGAUAUUAGCGACUUCUUUUUA